AUGACAAAACCAACAUUCAAACCCACCCUCAUCAUCCACGGCGGCGCCGGCAACAUCCAACGCUCCAAACUGCCCCCAGACCUCUACGCCGCCCACCACACCUCCCUCCAAUCCUACCUCCGCUCAACCCACGACCUCCUUAGAGAUGGCGCCACAGCCCUCGACGCUGCCGUCCACGCCGUCUCCCUCCUCGAAGACGACCCUCUAUUCAAUUGCGGCCGCGGCAGCGUCUUCACAACAGCCGGCACAAUCGAAAUGGAAGCCUCCGUAAUGAUAACCUCUCUCCACGACGACACCCAACCGGGCACCAUCAAGCGCGGCGCAGGCGUGAUGGGCCUCCGCAACGUCCGCCACCCAAUCCAUCUCGCGCGCGAGUCGCUUCUCAGAACAGGCACCGCAGCUGACGGGUCACCUACCAACGACGGCGGAAGUAUGCAUUCCCAGCUAGUCGGCCCACACGUGGAGUCCCUUGCACGCGACUGGGGGCUAGAAUUCUGUCCCGAUGAAUGGUUCUUCACACAGAAACGGUGGGAUGAGCACCUACGCGGCUUGAAGGGCGAGGAAGAGCCUGUUUCUUCAACCCAGGGCACUGUUGGAUGCGUCUGUCUCGAUCAAUGGGGGAAUCUGGCCGUUGCCACUAGUACCGGCGGUCUGACGAAUAAAUUACCCGGCAGGAUCGGUGAUACGCCUACUCUGGGUGCUGGAUUCUGGGCUGAGGCGUGGGAUGAAAUGGUGUCGAGUAGUGGUGCGCUGGAUUCCCCUGUGGGGGAUAUCUUGCGUGAUGCCAGGAGUUGGAUUGGGGAUUGCAUGCCGCGCUUUCUGCGAGACUCGAGUCAUACGGCUUAUGCGCCGCUUGUGCCCACGGAAUCUUCGCAGCUCCGCUUUGCGGGUGAGAAGGCUUCUCGGUACUACCAGGUUCCAGGUGCUGAAUACUGCCGUCGGCGGGCUGUUGCUGUCUCUGGGACGGGGAAUGGGGAUUCGUUUCUUCGAGUCGCGGCUGCGCGGACUGCUGCGGCUAUGUUGAGGUUUUCUUCGUCUGGAGGGUUCCCCGAUGGUCUUGCGGAUGCAGUGACGGCUGUUGCUGGGCCGGAUGGUGAGCUUCAACGCUCGGCUGGUGCGAGGUGGGAUAAGACUGGUGAGGGGGAGGGAGGUAUCAUUGGCAUAGAGGCGGUGCUUGACCCUGGAAAUGGAGGCUCUGAUGUUAAACUGCAUCGGGGCGAGGUUGUGUUUGACUUCAAUUGUGGCGGUAUGUGGCGCGCUUGGGUAGAGGAGGAUGCUACUGGCAAUGAGGUUGAGAGGAUCAUGGUUUUUCGAGAGCAAUAUGAAUAG